AUGGUUGCACCUGCCCGGCAUGCGAAGAUACUGUUCAAGGAAGACAAAAGGAGAGAAAGCGGGCUGAGGUGGCCAUCCUCGACCAAGAACCCGCUGCAACUGCAGAUUAUGGUGCAGAAAAUGGCUGCAUAUAGUACAGAAAAUAGCAUCCAUACAAAAGUCGGAGGUUACUACGAAGCCGCUAAGUACUGUCUGAAAUUGAAGGAGCAAAAGAUCGCACAUUUGUGGACUGAGAAAAUGUUGGAGGUUGACCUUUACUGCGUCGGAGACGAUCAUCCCGAAUACAGGAAAACGCUUACAACCGCGCAAGUGAUGAGACGGGCAGUGAGUUUGCCAGAACCAAUCUCCGAGAGCACGUUGGAAUGGUUUAUGAAGGAUUGA